AUGGAUUUUGAUGAGCGGAUCUCUGGCUCUAAUAUGUAUUUACCGAGCUGCACUUACUACGUCUCCGGAACAGACUUCUCGGGUCUCCCUCAUUAUUUAACCCAGAGCCAGUCCUCCUGCCCCAUGACAUACCCCUACCAGUCCUCCGCCCUGCCACAGGUCCCGUCCGUCAGAGAUGUGGCGUUCAGAGACUAUGGGAUUGAUUCUUCCAGUAAGUGGCACCACAGCAGGGGGAGCCUGUCGCACUGCUACCCGGAGGACAUGGUUCACCGGGACGGCUGGACCAGCUCGACCUCCCGGGGGGCAGAGAUCCUGGUGAAAGGCUCCGGGGGCCACUCCGGCUCCUCCAACCCGACCUCCGGCUUCUACGGCAGCGUGGGCCGGAACGGCGUGCUGCCGCAGGCGUUCGACCAGUUCUUCGACACCGCCUACGGCAGCGCGGAGAGCGGCGCGACGCCCACAGCUCAGGCGGCGAACACGGACAGACACGCCGCCAAAACGAGCCCCGCUCCGGCGCACCCGGGCUCGGACUCGGCGGAGAGCUGCAGCCCCAAGUCCUCCUCCGGCCACAGCGAGGAGAAACAGAGCAGGAGCAGUGGACAGAGGACGCGCAAGAAGAGGUGUCCAUAUUCAAAGUAUCAGAUCAGAGAACUGGAGAGGGAAUUCUUUUUCAGCGUUUACAUCAACAAAGAGAAGCGCAUGCAGCUCUCUCGGAUGCUCAACCUGACAGACCGCCAGGUCAAGAUCUGGUUCCAGAACAGGAGGAUGAAGGAGAAGAAACUGAACAGAGACCGUUUACAGUACUACACCACAAACCCUCUGCUAUAAACACUGAACCAGAACCAGAACCAGAACCAGAACUCUGAGCUGCAGCGUCACACUCAUCACACACAUGUUACCUGGACAUGGAGUUUUUUAAUGUGCAAGAAUUCAUAAAGAAUUCUACUAUUUAUACACUAUUUUGUCAUUAAACACCGUUUGGCUCCAUU